AUGCCUACGGUCUUCCAAGACCGCGCAGGCAUCUCGCUCUAUGACGCGCAGUUUGGAGCUGAAGGUAGCACCAGAAGGCCGAUUCCAGAUGAAGUCCGGGACCAGAUUGUUUCACGGUUGCUGAGAUUCAAGGUGACCUGCCAGGACUUUGGGGUGCCGCCUACGAAUGUCCAGGUGCUCGCUACGGAGGCGACCAGGACUGCGCCCAACUCAGCCGAGUUCCGAUCUGCCAUCUACCAGGCUACCGGAUGGGAGGUGACCAUGCUCCCGAAAGAAGAGGAGGGGCGAAUCGGAGGGCUGGGGAUUGCGUCCAGCCUGUCCCGCGUCGAGGGUCUGGUCAUGGAUCUCGGCGGCGGCAGCGUACAGCUCUCGUGGAUGAUGUUUACGCCGGAGAGUGCUGAGAUCCAGUCGUAUCCUGGCGGGUCUAUCAGUUUCCCGUACGGAGCAGCUGCGUUGACCAGGAGGCUGGAUGAAGCGCAGAGAAAGGGAGAGGAGGCGGUACGACAGCUCAAGGACGAGAUGCUCAGCUGCUUUCGAGGCGCCGUGGCUGAUCUCGAGCUUCCAUCGAGCCUACGGGCCAAGUUACUGGAGGAUGACGGCGGUCUCGAUCUUUAUCUCAGCGGAGGUGGCUUCAGGGGAUGGGGAUACCUGCUGCUCAGCCAGUCCUCCAUCAACCCUUAUCCCAUUCCGAUCCUGAACGGAUUCAGCACCGACAGAUCACAGUUCCUCGACACGUCUGCGGCCAUUGGUACCUUGUCCUCUCAGUUGACGAUAUACGGCGUCUCGGCCCGCAGGGCGACGCAGGUGCCUGCCGUCGCCUUUCUCAUCAAUGUCCUAGCAGAGAGUAUCCCAUCCAUAAAGAAGAUUCACUUCUGCCAGGGAGGAGUGCGUGAAGGCAUCCUCUUCGACAAGCUGGCUCCCGAAAUACGACUGCAUCAUCCGCUCAUUCACGCAACCUCUCCGUUCAAGACUCGCUCUGCCUCUGAGAUUGCUGUGCUGCUGCGGCAGGCAAUCCCGGCCGUGGAUGCUGCAGGGAACGAAAACUCGAACCCUUAUGCACCUCCGCGAGCAAUCACAGAUACAGGAUUUAUCGAGUCCCUUGCAAACUCCAUGUAUAUACACUCGUCCGUCCCGCGGGAGUCAUAUGCAGCUACGGCUCUACACUCGACGACCACCGGCAUCCUCGCGUACGCCCACGGUCUCUCGCACUCAGACCGGGCCAUGCUCUGUCUUGCCCUCUUUGACAGAUGGACAGGUGAUGUAUCCCCUUGCGACGAGGGGUUUCUACAGAGGAUCCGGUCGAUAGUCACCGUACAGGAGGCGUGGUGGUGUCAGUAUAUCGGGCGCGUUGCUGGUCUCAUAGGCAACAUGUAUCCAUCCGGACUGGUUAGCAGCCAUAAUCCAAGAAUCUCCUUUUCGGCGAGACUGUCUCAUCGUCAGACCAAGAAGGGAUUCACCAAGCAUAUACUGCAUCUAGUGGCUAAAAUCCCAGACUCAAAGCAUCCUUCGUUUGAUGGGGACUCUGUCGCCGCAGGGUUGAAGAAGAUCAAGAGGACGGGCAAGAAAGACGAGUAUAUGCAGUCUGAUAAAGCAGAGGACUGGAGAUUUAAGGUAGAGACUGAGCUGGACUGCAUCUAG